AAGUUGCUCCAAAAUAUUACAAACAUCUCAAUUGUUAAUCAUCCCAAGUGAUUUCGUUCUGGACAAUGUGGAAGGUAAAAGCGGGCAAAAAUUCUAAGGUUUGUGAGAUAAUAAAAAGGAAUUCAUUCAUAGAAAACAAUCCUCAAGAUUAAUUCUUCAAGAGUCUGCCUUCGAAGGUUCAUCAUUUUCACGUGUUUACUUGUUUUGAUGACAAUGAUUACUACAAUAUGUACGGCGACAAUAACGACACUCCAAAGACUGUAUGAUAUUUUCUACGUACCAUUUGUGUUUAUUAUACUUGGCAUCCUCUCUGUGAUACUGUUUACUAAUAUGGAGGAAAUUCAAGGGCGUUUUCCAGCUAAUUAUGCUUUCAUGGCACUUUGUAAAACAUCAAGUAUACUUUCUGGAUUAACCGUCAUUGCUGCUAUAUCGAUAGUAAGACAGACGAAGAAUUUUGUGAAUUCACAAGACUCUUAG